GUUAUUUAAACUUGAUUCGAGACUCAGGCAGAGUUUUUGUCAGGCGGGAGCGCGUCGCCGAGCCGAGCAGGACUUUCUACCUUCCUUCCCCGCGUGGAUAUUCUUGGCGUCGUCGUCGCGGUCUACAGGCCCACCGGCACCGACAUGCCCUACAGCGUGACACUCCAGGGACCCUCCCCGUGGGGCUUCCGCCUGGUCGGGGGACGCGACUUCAGCACGCCGCUGACCAUCUCCAGGGUGACGGCCGGCAGCAAGGCGGCCCAGGGAGACCUGUGCCCGGGCGAUACCAUCCUGGCUAUCAACGGAGACGUGACCGAGCACAUGACCCACAUGGAGGCCCAGAACCGCAUCAAAAUCUGCAAUCAGCAGCUCACGCUCAUCAUCAGCAGGUCGGGAUCGGGAGAACGAGUGUGGUCGCCGGUGGUUAGCCAAGAUGGCAAGACGAGCCCUUACAUGGAAUCUGACUCGCAGAACUUCCGGCCCAUCACCAGCGGCUACAGCAAUUACAGCCGUAAGGCCUCGUACACCCCCGAGCCUCAGCCGCCGCCGCCUCCGCUGGUCCCUACGCAACAUCACCCGCAUCAGCAUCAGCAGCAGCAGCAAGUCCCCAACCACUCGCUCAACGGCCAUUCCAAGACCAACAACAGCCACGGUUACGCGUACGGCAACGGGCACGCUCAGUACAACAACCCGACUGCGCUGUAUGCCCCCAACGGCAGCAACGGCGAACGAUCCCUACAUGGCAAAAUGGGUGGUCUCAGCCUGAGCGCCCCUCACAGCCCCGAGCCUCCCGCCCCCUCCCCCGUCCAGAGCCGCGACGGCGCCGACAUGCAGUCGCACGUCUACAAGAUGCUGACGGACUACGAGGAGCCUUCCUCGGAGCCCAAGCAGUCGGGGUCCUUUAAGUACUUGCAGGGGAUCUUGGCGGCCGAGGACGGGGGCGUGUCCCCGACGGAGAGGAUGAGGAGCUUGAGGUCGCCGGUGCGAUCGCCCGUCCCCAAACUGGGAAGCCCCCUCCCCGGCGGCGUGCCGGGCCUCCAGAAGCUCCCACAGUGUACGCGCUGCUCCACCGGCAUCGUGGGCACCAUCGUGAAAGCCCGCGACAAGCUGUACCACCCAGAGUGUUUCAUGUGCGAUGACUGCGGCAUCAACCUGAAGCAGCGCGGCUACUUCUUCAUCGAGGACAACCUGUACUGCGAGACGCACGCCAAGGCCCGCGUGCAGCCGCCGGAGGGCUACGACGUGGUGGCCGUCUACCCCAACUCCAAGGUGGAGAUCGUGUGAGGCGGACGGAGGACGGGACGUUUCGCCGUAACUCUCCAUCAUAGCUUGCGUUUGCUUUCGGGGCUUUCGGGAACGUCACUUUUUCCUCUUUGUAAGCGGCCAUGCAUCACAGGCGUGUGUCACGGGGAGCGCCGGUGGAAUGUCGACAUGUUGUUUGGCUGAACUCUAACCCCCAGCUAAAUGGCUCCAUAUGCAAGCAGCUCCGCCUUUGCAAGUGGAAACAAAAAAGCCGGUAGGAGGGAGAAGGACAACACUUUUCCCCUCUUUUUCUUCUUGUGUUUUUUCAAUCACUGCGUUUUCCCCGACUGCGUUUUUUUUUUUCCCUAGGGGGAACCCUGUAAGUUUGGGUUGAAAAAAAGAAAAAAGUUUUUAAAAAAUGUUGAGAAAGAAAAAUAUAUUUUUGUGUACGUGUUAUUUUGUCAAUGCAUUUCUAAUGACCAACAACUUUGUGUGUUUUUGCGAUUGACGGGCUGACUCAGUCCAUGACAGCAUCAACUUACAAUGGUGCCUUGAGAUAUUAAAUUUAAUUUCAACAAUCUUUCCCCAGUGAAUUGUGCAGAAAUGCCAUUGAUCUGUUCCGGCCAUUUUUGCUAUGAUGCAUUGCUUGUUCGCAUUAAGCUAAACAGACUUGUAUAAAUAAGAAUGUAAUUCUCUUUUGUUUUAUGUUUACUUUGACAGUAGAAUUUAGACGGCAGUGGCGACAAACAACUUCCACCCCUACCUUAAAUUUUUGUCUAAAAAAAUCACAAUAAAAAUCGGAUCACUCAAAUCUCAAGGUACCAUUUUCCAUAAUAUAAUGCAAUGAAUUAAAAAAAAAAUGGUCAUCAUUCUGGGGACCGAACGGAUGUUCUAUUUUUUUCUAUCAAAAAGUAUUUUUAUCAUUGAAAACGUGACCAUUUUUUUUCUAUAGUGUGCAGUUGUAAAUGUUGAAAAAUGUAUAUUGUCACCACACUACGCUUUUUGUUUUCUGUUGUACAUAUACUAAAAACGCUAACUGUAUGCCAUCUCCUGUACUUUUGUUGUUGUUGUCUUGGCAACACAUCUUCUUGUUGUUUCUUAACUUAUUGUCAUGCCAACACUCUCAACACACACACAAAAAAAACGGUUAGAAAAUAACGCAAUGUAGACAAUUAUUGUGCGAUAAUCAUUUGAAUGUGAAUAACAACCAGGCUUUAUCACCUGUGGAGUCCCUCAGGGUCUCAUCGUGCCUGAACACGCCCCCUGCUGAUGUUAUUUAGUUGCCAACUGCCUUUUUUUCUGGAUGAUUUUGACUUUGUUAUUAAAUGAUUAAAACGUGUGUGAAAAAUGUG